AUGGCAACCAGCUCAACAUUCAACCAAACCACCACUGUAACAUCCAAUGGUAGAUCCAGUACAACUUCUGGAGGAACCAGUAUAAUCUCCUAUACUGUAUCCAGAGUGAGCUCCCGUGAAAGCACAGUUGCCAACACUGGAUCCAGUGUGAUCUCCAAUGGGGCCAACACAACUUCCAACACUACUUCCACUGCAAACUCUGGUAGGGCCAAUACAAUCUCCAGCCCUAGAACCACAUUGAACUCUGAUAGUACCAGCACAACGUUCAACCCUGCAAUCAAUUUUACCUCCAGUGGGGCCAGCACAACCUCUAACAGUAUAUCCAUUACAACCUCUGUUGAGACCAAUGCAACCCCCAACACUGCUUCCACAUCAUCUUCUAGUGAGGGCAGCAGAACUUCCAACACUGUUUCUAGUGCAACCUCUGAUGAGGUCAGCACAGCUAUCAACACUGGAUCUAGAGUGACCUCCAGUGGGUCCAGCACAACCUCUAACACUGCAUCCAUUACAACCUCUGUUGAAGCCAAUGUAACCCCCAAUACCACAUCUUCCAUUGCUGUGUCCAGUGCAACCUCUGAUGAGGUCAGUGCAGCUAUCAACACUGGAUCUAGUGUGACCUUCAGUGGGGCCAGCACAAUCUCUAACACUGCAUCCAUUACAACCUCUGUUAAGACCAAUGCAAUUCCCAACACCACAUCCACAUUGACUUCCAAUGAGGGCAGCAUAACCUCCAAUGCUGUGUCCAGUGCAACAUCUGAUAAGGUCAGCACAGCUAUCAACACUGGAUUCAGUGUGACCUCCAGUGGGAUGAGCACAACCUCCAACCCUGGAUCAAAUGCAACCUCCAAAGUCUCUACCACACCUGCUUCAACUGGAAUACACACAACUUUCUACAGAAUUAGUACAAGUAUUACUACUCCAGUGAAUGAGGUGAAGCCCAGUGGGUCCCUGGAGCCUUGGGAAAUCUUCCUCAUCACCCUCGUCUCAAUUGUAGUGGCUGUGGGGCUCUUUGCUGGGAUCUUCUUUUGUAUGAGAAACUACCUGUCCCUGAGAAACAUCUUAGACACAGCUGUCUACUACCCCCAUGGUACCUACCGUGGCCCAAGCCCUCCAGAGAAUCAUGCAGUCUCCCACAGGCCUAGCUGGAGCCCUAACUGGUUCCGGAGGAGACCAGUAUCCCCAGUGGCCAUGGAGAUGAGUGGAAGAUAG